GGCACGUCGGCACGCACCUUCAAGGAAGAAACGGACCUGAGAACCGGUUGCCUAUGAGUUGUGUGGGUUGCUUUUCCCCUCCUCUCUGGCUGAGUCGCGCGGGACGCGAGGAUGCCGCGGGAGCCGCUCCGGACUGGCGCCGGGCCGCCCCGGCUGCGCUCGGUGAACAGCCGUCAGCCGUCCUGCGUGAUCUUCUGUAACCGCACGUGCCGCCAGGUGCUCCCCUUCUGGGUCAACUUCGAGGGGCAGCCGACGCCCUACCAGAUGCUGCUGCCUGGCACCGGCCGCAGGAUAAACAGCUACCUCGGUCAUUUUUGGUUAUUCAGAGAUGCAAAUACAGGUGAUGGACUUUUGGUUAACCAGACUGAAUUAUUUGUGCCAUCUCUCAAUGAAAAUGGACAGCCUGUUUUUGCUAACAUCACACUUCCAGUUUAUACGCUGAAAGAGAGAUGUCUUCAAGUUGUUCGCUGCCUUGUCAAGCCUGAGGACUACAGGAAACUGGACAUUGUGAGGUCAUUGUAUGAUGAUCUGGAAGACCACCCAGAUAUUCAGAAGGACCUUAGGAGACUUUCACUGGAGUACCUUGAGAAUCAAGUGGAUGGAGACUAAGACAGGAACUCCUGAGUCUUUGCUGUGGAAGGCAUCGAGUGAUUUUACCAAGCCAUGGUACUGUGACGUACUGUCAAUUGCAAGGUGUCUUGCUCUCAAGGAGUAAAAUUUAUUCCAAUGGUAAUGGUUGCUUCAAGAAUUAGAACGUUGGGGGGCAGCUAGAUGGUGCAGUGGAUAGAGCACCGGCCCUGGAGUCAGGAGGACCUGAGUUCAAAUCUGGCCUCAGACACUUGACACUUACUAGCUGUGUGAUCCUGGGCAAGUCACUUAACCCCAAUUGCCUCACCAAAAAAAAAAAGAAUUAGAACAUUAACAUUUAGACUCCAAUUGAGAUAGCGAACUGUCAUUGGAUUCAUUAGGCCUUGUGAUGUUAGGAGUUGGGAUCACAAAAUGCCUUUUAAUGGUGUCCUCCUGGGGAACAUCAUCUAUCUUCUGGUGACUUGGCUGUUGUUCAGUAGUCUGGGGGCUCUAAUAGGAUGCAAACUUACCAUGAAUAGAGAUCCCCUAAAACCCUGGACCGGAUGACCUUGGAAGUAGCUUCCAACUCUGAAUAUAUGAUCUAUGAAGUUAGGAUAUUGGUCAGGUUUAGAGGGCUUUGGAUCACUUUAGGCUGGUCCUUACUCUGUAGUCCAUUUGUUUUCCUUUGUGGAAAAAUAAAGGAUUUACCUAGAUGGGUUGUAACUGAUCUGAAAUAUAGGAAUUGAAAACAUUUAUUUUGUAUGAAAAAAAUCAAGAGGAAUUUAUGGGAAAUGAUUGACUUGUAGUGAUUCAGGAUUAUUUAUGUACAAGGAUAUUUUAUUGGGGAAAAACAUAUUAUUGAACCCUACCGUAUAUUGUAUUACUUGUGAGACUAGUAACAUAGGUUUUAAUAAUGAGUUAUUUACUUGAAAGUGUUUGGGAAGCUUUUCAUGGGUAGGACUUGUAAAAAUUAAAAUGAUUGUCAUUUUGUGAGACA